AUGGACGGAAACUUCAAAGCCGAGCAUCUCCAUCCGGUACAUCCCGGUGAUGAAGUCUCUCUCAUGGACGGCCGUGGGUUUAUGGUAGGAGACGCCUUGUACAAGGAGCAUUUAGCUGUUGCACAGGACACUAUUCAACGAUCGGAAUGCAACAACCACCGCGCGGUGAAUCAGGCAAAUGCAUCCCAUCAUAAAUUGGAAGCAACAGGCAUCGGCGGUUGCGCCUGUGCAUGGCAUGGCUGUUUUGUGCCACACGCCAUGGUCAAUUUUCAGAAGGGAGAAAGACAGAUGAACAUGGAUUAUGCAUUAUGCGAGGCGUUAAAAAUGAACGCCGAUGGAAUCCGCCGUGCCCUGACAUUUUAUGAUGUAAACUGUCAGUACCACAAGCGUUUGAAGGACCGCAUCGCCGAGAGUCCAAUCUUACAGAUACCUAAGGAACUGGAUAUUAUCCCUGGGAUUGGACUGUGGCAUGUGCAUGGGCAUCAAGAAAGUUGCUAUGUCAGAUAUGCAUCAAAUAUCAUUGAGGGCGCCACUCGGAUUGAUGGCGAAAUCAUGGAGACUCUAUGGGCACCGUUAAAUAUUAUUUUGCCGGCUGCUCGCGGCAUGGGAACUCCGCACCGGAAGGAAUGCUUGGACUAUCAAAUGAAUGAUUGCAACUUCAUGAAAAUGAUCAGAAUGAGCAAGUCCCUUUGCAAGAAGUACAAUCAGGCGGGAAAGUUCGAGAAUGGGAAAGCCAAGAAAGGUUGGUGCACCAACGCUGUCGCCGUGAUCCAACAGCCAUGGAUAUUUAUGAAGUACAAUUGCAGAAAGCAGGAAAUACAAUUAUUAGCAGAACAAGGACGGGGCCCAGGGCCUAUCCGGCGACGAGGGGCAGCGACAUGGCUCGCAGAGGGUUUAACAAUUGAGGAGGCCCAGGUCACACUACAAUUGGAAAUCAAGAAACCAGAGAAGGCAGUCAUUCCCCUGCCGUCCAAUUUGGGGCAGGAUACAUGUACUGCUAUCGGCAUCAAUGAUUUGGCAAAACAAGAACUUAUCCUCCGGCAAGGCCAGGCCAAUGAUGCCUUGCACAACAUCAGGGUUUAUUUGGCGGACAAAGUGGUCAUUUUUCGGAAGACGGUGCACUCGGUUGAUAGGGCGGUCAGCAUCCAAGCCAGUAUCUAUUUGAAGUGCCGCAAACAACUUUGCAGCCUCGGCGCCGAUGAUGCUUUACUAUGGCGAUAUCAGCCCCUAGCCAAGGAGCAUCUCAAGGUUAGUACCGCCGUUGCCAAUCCAAACUCACGAGGACAGCGAAAUAAUACGCUGCCGUGGUUUUGGUCAUUGGAUGUUGCAGGAGGUUCCGAGAGUAAUGAUUGGUUGGAUGAAUUUUACCGGGUACAUUGGCUCCGGGCAAAGGCUCUAAAAGACUGUUGGGCGGAGGAGAUUUUACUUGUUCAGCAUGAAAUGGAUUGGACUUGCAAUUUUUUUUGUUACAAGGCGGAGGAAUGGAAACGUCUCGGCGUCGUUGUGAAGGAAGCCAAAAAAGAAGCUCACAUGGCUUAUGCGGGUAGGCAGGGGAAAAUCUAUGAAUGUCUCUUGGAGGAGGCUAAAUGGGCAUUUCACCCGACAAAAGUUUAG